AUGGGAGACACCCUUACCGACAGCAUCCUUUCAAUUCUUAAAGAGCGAGAUAUACUCGCUAAGCGCGAUGCCAUUAAGUCCGCGUUUGACGGCGCUUCUGGCGACACGGAGUGGGCAGUGAAACACCUCCGACCCGACACCCUGCUAUCAAAAGAGGAACUGGCAUUAUACUCGAGACUCGAAGCCUCCGGUGCUCUCCAGCCCUUCCUCCGCAACCCCGACCUACCUGCCACACGCCCUAUUCUCGAAGAUGACCUCCGAAACGCGAUCGAGUCCCUCGAGACCUCUACAGCCACGGUUCAGAAACAGACGGAGACUUUAAAGUUCCAGUGCGACAUUCUCAGUAAGCAAUUGGGACUAGCGAACAACUUAGAGCAACAGCGAAAUCGGGACGUUGCUCGGCUGCGAAAGAAGCAUGAAGGAGGGAGACAGGAUAUAACAAGGGCGGCUAGUGAGCUCUCGGACGAACUGGAGGCCAAUUUCAGGAACGCGAUAGACAAGUCGGGCACGGAAAGCAAGAGAAUUCUGGCAUCUCUGUCGACCCGGCUAAAGCAGGAUGACAAGACCCUUGCUGGUUUGGAGACACUCGUGUCUGGUAUCAAGUAUCGUGGCAAUGAUGCAUCCACGGUGACGCGUACGAAUGACCUGAGUGCCAUGCUGGCAGACUACGUUGCAGAGGAAAUACGCUAUCGGCUCGAUCGACUCUACUUGGAAGCGGUUCAGGCUGGAGGCACAGUCGCCAAGGCUCCAGCAGGAGAAACCAUUGCUGCACUUGAGGAGGAACUCGAGUCACUAUACCCGGAGAUUGGGAUAUUGGCUGAGAUGUCGGUUAGGCAGCAAUUCAACGAGCCCAUCCUCAGGGAGAUUCAGAACGAACAUGGCAAGCUGCGAGUGGCGUCGCAGGAGAGUUUGGAGCAGGCACUCGACACAUUAAUCGAAAUGACAUUGUCCAAGCAGGAUUUCACGAAGUACAUGGCAGACCGGCUGUCAUCUUCGGUGCUGUUGGACCAAUUAGCCGCCCUAUAUCAAUCCGAAGCGGGUGAAGUCGUCACACAGCCCUCUUCACGGCGAGAUUCACUGCGCCGCCGAUCUUUGCAGCCAGGUCUUCUUCUUGCGGCGAAAGCCCCUGUGGCGCCUACGAUCGACCAACCUGCCCUAGGAAGUAUUUUGCGGCGUGUUGGUGUGAUCCCCGAAUCUCUGCUCCGGCCAAAAGGCAACGGCGGCAACGGCGGGGUCAGUGAACUUCACGAAAAACAAUUUCAGAUGUCCGAAACACUAGGUAGUCUCAAGGGUGCAGUCGACUCUCCUUUAGUGGACCACCUAUCUCCAUCCGACAGCGCAUCCCAGCUCCUUCAGUCUGCCUUGACCGCCAGUUGUCAUUAUGAAAUAUCCCUACGGAGAUCACCCGAAGAACAAGGAAUUUCAGACCUCGAGACUGAGAUAAUGAGGCUACAGAGCGGGGUCCAGGGCCUGAACAUGGAUGUUCUUCAUCAGCGUGACAAGGUCCAGGACAAGAUGGAUUACCGAGCUCAUAGAUACGGUAUCUCUCGACCUCGGAGAUACCGCUACUACACUUCGCUUGGUUUCGACUCCAGUGACCACUGGUCGCCGUCACCCUCUCCCCCGAACUUCUCACACGAGAGCGCCGAUGAGUUCUUGGCCCGAGGAAAGCGUUUCCAAAAUGAGAUAUCCAACUGGGGAGCCAUCAUCCACAAGGCUCAGGUGCACUCUUUCGCUCGCAUUCCCAACCCACGCCGCCUGCGCCUGCGCGCAAUGAACGUCCUGGCCAAAAUGGCUGCUGUCACACAAACGGAGUGCAUGCCCGAUGACACAGACGCGGAUGCGGACGGGCACGUGAACGUGGACGUGGACGUGAAUGCGACUGCUCGCAGGGCGCUUGCCAUGCUGAAACUCGACUCGCCCGACAGCAGUGGGAUCGGGGACCGCGCUGAUCACCCUGCCGCUGAUUCGCCGCGGAAUGACGCCGCUGCCGUGUUUGACAUUUCGCCUGAGGCUGCAGUACACCUGCUCUGUCUUAAUAUUGAGAAGUUGGGUGCUCAGUAUGCGGACAAGCCUACUGGGACGGAUGAAUUGAAUUCGCAUAGCUCUACACCGCUGGAAAGUGAGACGCCUGUCGGGGAGGGUCAUUUGGAGGUGCAGUCAUUUGGAUUACAUGUGAAUGAUCCUAAAGAUACGCCCAACCCGGCACGCGCCACUGAGGAGGCGGUUCAGUUGGCUAUUCUGGCGAAGAAGUUUCUUUCGAAGAAGGUGCCUGCGUUUCCUUUGAAGGAGUAUCUGCUUCGGUUGCAUAAGUAUUGUCCUAUGUCUACAGCGGUGUAUCUCGCGGCCAGCGUGUAUAUAUCUAAGAUGACCUUGGAUGAGAAUCUUCUGAGGGUUUUGCCGAGGAACGUGCAUAGGUUGGUGCUUGCUGGUAUUUGGGUUGCGUCCAAGGCCCUGGAGGACUUGAAGUACUCGCAUAGCCGGGUUGCCAAAGUCGGUGGUGUCUCUGAACAGGAACUGUCUAAACUAGAGAUCAGUUUUUGUUUCUUAGCCAACUUUGAGUUGCGGGUUGAUGCACAGAUGCUCCUUAAUGAGGCCUUACGCUUCAAAUCUUUGGAAUAA